AUGGCAGACAGCAACGAGAUAACCAUCAACCUCGUUGUCCUUGGAAGAACUCAGGCUGGCAAAAGCGCUACUGGCAACAGCCUGCUGGGCAGCUCGGACUUUGAGAGUCACCGGUCCCCAAGCUCUGUGACCACAUGCUGCAGCCUUGGACACAGCUGCCGCAUUUCGGGGGUUAUACGAAGAAACGGCUGUGAGCUGGCUCUCCGUCUUCGAGUGCUUGACACUCCAAGCUACCCUCACAGCAGUCUGAGCAAAGAGCAGGUGAGAGACGUGGUGAGGUCAGCCCUGACUCACCACUUCGGGGAGGAAGGCCUGCAUCUAGCUCUCUUGGUCCUGCGGGCUGACUCGCCUCUGUGUCCGGAUGAAAGCGAUCACGUGAUUCAGUUCACCCAGGAACUUCUGGGUCCCACAUGGAAGGAUUUCACUGCAGUUCUACUUACUCAUGCAGACAAGGCCGAAGAGGCUGGAUUCAGUGAGGAAGCAUACUUGCACAGCGCCUCAAGUACCCUGUUGUCACUUUUGAGCUCAGUACAGCAUAAAUACAUUUUCCUAGACAACCAGAAGGGCAUAAUUAAAGAGGAAAGAGCUAUUGUCUUAAGAAAGCUCUUGAAUUUUAUAAGACAAAAUAAUUACCAAGCGCUUCUACUUAAACACAGCAAGGAAUAA